AUGAGCAUUAUCGACGCCUGGAUGCAGCACCCCAACCCGGAAUUCCUCAACCAACCCUAUUUCGAGUCUCUCCGCCGAUGGAUGGGGGAUCAAAUCGUCCGUGAGCAGAUCCCGCCGCAGCAAACCGUCGCCUCGAUGGAUGCGGCCAAUGUGCAGCUCGGCCUGCUCUCCGCCUGGUGGGGACCCCAGGGCCCCAUGCUUUCCAACGACUUCGUGGCCGAGGUGGUAGAGCAAUUCCCCGAUCGCUUCCGAGGGGUCGCCUCGGUCGACCUACGAACCCCGAUCGCUUCGAUCCACGAGCUGCGCCGGUGCGUCCACGAGCUGGGCUUCAAAGCCUUGCGCAUGAUCCAAUGGCUUUGGGGCGCCCCGCCCACGGAUCGCCUGUACUACCCGCUUUUCGCGGAAUGCGUGCAUCUCGACAUCCCG